UCUCACAGUGAGUGUCCGUUUGUGUGGAUGAUCAUGUGUUUGGUUGAACAUGUUCUUCGUGUGUGUGUGUGUGAACAGGGCUGGGGAACAUGCACCAGCUGACACGUAACAGGAAGUACAUGCUGAGAGUGGAUCUGGAGGACUUCACUGGAAGGAAAGGUUUUGCUCUGUACUCAUCCUUCUCUGUGGAUUGUGAAUGUGCAGGAUAUCAGCUGAGUCUUUCAGGAUUCACUGAUGGAGGAGCAGGUGACUCUUUGACUUACCACAAUGGACAGAAGUUCUCCACUUUUGACAAAGACCAAGAUUCCGAUAAGAGGAACUGUGCCAAACUGUAUCUCGGGGCAUUUUGGUACAAUACCUGUCACUAUGCAAACCCCAACGGUGUGUAUUUAUGGGGAGAAGAUCCCACCAUUUUCGCCAUUGGAAAUGUUUGGUACCACUGGAAGAACAAUUACGCUGUUGGUAUGAAAUUCAUCAGCAUGAAGAUCAGACGUGUGUCUUAGACCUUAGAAGAAACAUUACAAAACAAAACAAUCAAAUUAAAGUUUAGUUUCCUUUCCUCUGUUAACUGUGUAACUUAGUAAAUCAUGUCAGAAUAUAUAUCACUGAUGUUUUGUGUACUCAUCAUUUGUUUUCUUCUUCUUUCUUUUGGGUCACUUCUUUAAAUUUACAACUGAAAUGAAUCAACAAUAAACUCCAGCAAUGAAAGUCAAUAUA